GCUCAAGCAGAUGGCGGCUUCCCACCGCAGCGCGAGACUCGGAGAGAUCAAAGGAGCGAGAAGGAGCGCGAGCGAAGUGAAGCGACGGGCCCGAGGACUUUUAUCCAGUUUCUGUUAACGGACCAGGAGGAGGAAGCUGAGCCGAACCGAGCGCAGCCGAACCGAGCCUGAACGAGUCCGGCAGCUUGUCGGUCGGUGUCAGAGGCAGCGAACAGCAGAGACUGAAGGUCGGCCUCCCAGCAUGCAACACUACGGGGUGAACGGCUACUCCCUGCACGCCAUGAACUCCCUGAGCGCCAUGUACAACCUGCACCAGCAGGCCGCCCAGCAGGCGCAGCACGCGCCCGACUACCGGCCCUCGGUGCACGCGCUCACACUGGCUGAGAGACUAGCUGACAUCAUCCUGGAGGCCCGCUACGGCUCGCAGCACCGCAAGCAGCGCCGCAGCCGCACCGCAUUCACCGCACAGCAGCUCGAGGCGCUGGAGAAGACCUUCCAGAAGACGCACUACCCGGAUGUGGUGAUGAGGGAGCGGCUGGCCAUGUGCACCAACCUGCCCGAGGCGCGCGUGCAGGUUUGGUUUAAAAACCGCAGAGCAAAGUUUCGUAAGAAGCAGCGCAGCCUCCAGAAGGAGCAGCUCCAAAAGCAGAAGGAGGCGUCAGGAGAAGGAGGAAGUGAGAAGGAGGGCGCUGUCCUUCCUGACACUCAGCUCCCUCCCUCAUCAUCCUCGUCCUCCUCCGUGGAGACAGAGGCGCUCGUGGUCCGUCCCCUACCUGUGGACAUGGAGCUGAACGUUACCUCAGCAGAGCACUCAGGCAGCGACUCGGCAACAGAGGACAACAUCACUGAUAAAGAGGACGAGAGCAAAUCUACCAGAGAGCAGAUGAAAUGUGAGCGGGUGCUGCUGACACCUGGAGACACAUCCUCACCCUGCAAAAGACUGAGCCCAAAACCAGAUUCUCCCUUGGCUUCUCCGUCCGGGACGCCCUCCUCCUCCAGCAGCAGUCUGGCCAACCCCAGCCCCCUGUCUCAGAGCCACUCUUACUCCUCCUCCCCUCUCAGCCUGUUUCGGCUGCAAGAACAGUUCCGCCAGCACAUGGCGGCCACCAACAACUUGGUGCCCUAUCCAGCGUUUGACCUCGCAGCCCCAUCUUCCCUUCCCUACCUGGGGAUGAAUGUGAGCAUGCCCCCUGCUCCACUGGGAUCUCUGCCCUGCCAGUCCUACUAUCAGUCGCUGUCCCAUCAUGCCCAGCAGGUGUGGAACAGUCCACUGCUGCAGGCGUCUGCUGCCAGCGGACUCACCAGUCACAACAGCAAGACCACCAGCAUCGAGAACCUGCGUCUGAGGGCCAAGCAGCACGCCGCCUCUCUGGGAUUGGACACACUGUCUAACUGA